AUGGAUCGUAGCAACCUUGUAACCGCCUCGGAACUCCUUGCUGCUACCGUCGAAAUCAAAAACGAAGACCGAUUACGUAAAGCCUUGCGUUCUAAGAUUACUAAGACGCUGCGCGACCAGCUUUAUUUAGAAUUUGCUAAGACUACAACCUUCAAGGACUUUCAAACUGCCCCAAGUAUAAUACUUAAUUCGCAAAGAGCUUUUAUAAUAGAGCUCGUACCGAAUCUCGCUCGGCUUAAGGAGCAGCGGUCAAGCAAAUCACCUAUUACGAGAACCGCUAAGGUAGCUCAACCCCCGUCUCUUUUCUUACCCUUUAGCGCUAAACCUUUAACAGCUUUAGCGCUAGUGCAAAUCGAUUUAAUCGAUUUAACAAAUUCUUUUCUCCCGGAAACGCUUUUAAGCCAGUUUCGAGAUAUGCGAUACCUCGACCUUACGAAGCUUCUUGGUGGUAAAACCAUGAUUAUACCCGUCACCUUUACCAAGAAUGGCCUUUCGUACAAGGUAUUUGCUUUGCUCGACUCAAAAGCUAAUAAAUCAUACACCUUAAUUAGCAUAAACCGUAAGCUUAUGUCAAUCGACAUCGCCUCCGUAGAACCUCUUUUACCCGUCAAACGCUCUCGCCAAAUAUCCAAGCACAAAAUCAAUAGAAACCUUAAAAUCAACGGCGUCUCCAGACACGCUUUCUAUAUGAUUGCUCGACAAAAAGACGUAGAACUGUUCUUUACGUCCCUUUACGAGCUCGAUUGCUUGAUCUCCGAGCCAACGCUAAUACGCUUCAUUAACGGCUCUAUCUUUGCUAUCGACUUCGCAGCAGAACUAUCAGAGCUCACUAACGACCUUCCUAUCCCUUUCGAAUACUCCGAUUAUACACACGUAUUUUCUAAGGCUGCUAGCAACGUGCUAGCACUACACAAGCCUUACGACUAUAAAAUCGAGCUUCUUGAAAGAAGGGAGAAGGCGCUUCGGUACUCACUAUUGUACAAGAUAUCAAUCCUUAAGCUAAAGCUUACUAAAGCCUACCUUAUCGACAAUCUCAAUAAAGGUUUUAUCGAACCUUUAAUAGCGCUAUUUGCAGCUUUAGUCUUGUUUGCUAAGAAGCAAGACGGUUCCUUUCGCUUUUGUAUUGACUUCCGCGCGCUAAACAACCUCAUUCGUAAAGAUCGAUACCCUUUCCUUUUAAUCGAUAAGACCUUCGCACGUCUUUUAAGAGCUAAAAUCUUUACGAAACUCGAUAUUCGGCAAGCCUUUUAUAAAAUACGAAUGGACCCAGCUUUAAAGGAGCUUAUAACAUUUAGAACACGCUACGGUGCUUACAAGUGCAAAACCGCCGUCACUAUCGAAGAGAUCGCAGAGCUCUUAUCGACAUUCCGAGUUAUUAACCAAGUCUUAAAAGCUAAUCGGACCGCCCUUAGUUUCUUAGCACUUCGAAUUCAAGCUUCUAAAGCUGAGUCCUUACCCGUAAACUACGGUUCACAAGCCAAACUCAUUAUGAAAGGCGACCUGCUGCUUUAUGACGGCCGUUUAUUAGUUCUCGACGUUCAAAACUUGCGCUCGUUACUCGUCCGAGAAGUCUACGACCAAAAAGAAUUCAAUAGAAUCUUCGGCACCAAACUGACCCUUAGCACCGCCGCACACCCUGAAACUAACGGUCAAACCGAAAUCUAUAACCAGUACUUACAAAAGCGCCUCCGUCCUUUCUUAGAUAUGCGCCCGUUCUUUACCUCUCGACCGUUAAAGAAGCUCGAUAACCCGACGAACGGACCGUUCGAAGUUACCGACAACGUCUAUAGCAGCUUCAAACUCAAGCUCCUCGAGUCAAUAAAAGUUCACCUAGUCUUUUACCCCGGACGAUUACGAAAAGCUUUUAAUGACUCUACCUUCAGGCAAAUCAUUCUUAAACCUGACUCGAUUAAUAUUACUAGCGAACUUGAGUACGAAGUAGAAAACAUCCUAGCGAUACGCUAA